UAAAGCCCUUGCCGCAUGCAUUUGUCUUUAAUCUCCCGUUCCAUUGUACAAAAAGAAGUGGGCUGCAUUUUCAAGAUGGCUCAGUGGGAUGGUCUGAUCGCUGACAAACUAAGGGACCGUGCAUCCAAAAUCCCUCCUGAAUGGGUUCUUCCCGAGACAAUCAUAAACCAAGUUACCCAGGAUGCCAACAUAAGUGCUUUCGACAUCCUUAAACAUCAUGAUUUGUUGUCAAGGGAAGAGGUGGCUAUCACAGAGUCCUAUGACGCCCAAAGCCUUCACCAGGAGAUCAUCGGAGGCCGACUGACCUCGCUCCAGGUUUGCAAGGCCUUUUGUAAGAGAGCUGCUAUUGCACACCAGUUGACAAACUGCGCGACUGAGAUCCUUUUUGCCGAGGCGUUCAAGCGAGCAGAGUUUCUUGAUGGAUAUUUGGCCAAGUAUGGAAGGCCUUAUGGACCCUUUCAUGGCCUUCCUAUCAGUGUAAAGGACAGCUUCAAUAUCAAGGGACAGGCUACAACCAUUGGCUUUGUUUCUUUUCUGGAGAAGCCAGUCGCAGCUAAAAAUUCGCCCCUAGUUGAUAUUCUCCUUGCUAACGGCGCCAUCUUGUACAUCAAGACAAAUAUUCCACAGACACUGUUGACCAUGGAUAGCGUCAACAAUGUUUUUGGAAGAACAUUGAACCCUCACAAGCUUUGCCUCAGUGCAGGUGGGAGUAGUGGGGGUGAAGGUGCUUUGGUGGCCUUCCGAGGUUCCAUACUAGGAGUAGGCACAGACGUCGGAGGAUCCAUUCGUGCACCGAGCCUCUGCAAUGGCACAUAUGGCUUCAAGCCCACAGCUGACCGCAUACCUCACGGGAGAGUCGAAUUAGGGGACAGGCCGGGUACACCAGGGCUCGUCUCGGCAGUCGGUCCACUCGCCAACAGUGCAUCAGACCUGACUUUCUUCUGUAAGACAAUACUUUCGUCGGAACCAUGGCGCUAUGAUUCCACCGCUCUUGGGACGACUUGGCGGCAUGUGCCCCCAAAGAAGAAGCUAAGCAUUGGGGUCUAUAUGGGGGACGAGCACUUCCCACUAUUUCCUCCUGUCAAACGGGCACUUUCCUCCGCACAGGCUGCGCUUGAAAAUGCUGGUCACAGUGUCCAUCUUGUAACCAAUGCUCCAUCCUUUCACGAUGGUCUAAAGCUGGCGGCACGGUACUUUUUGUUCGAUACCAAGCAGACCCUUCUGCAGCACGUUUUGGAUGGGGAUGAGCAACCAAUCAAAGCAUUGGAGUAUGCCUCUCCAGCUGCUUUAGCUGGAUUACAGAAUCCUACACUGACAUUAGACGAUGUCUGGGACGCCAAUGCUUCCCUUAUGGAGUAUCGGGAAAAGAUGGCUGAAGUUUGGAAACAGCAUAAUCUGGACGUCCUCAUUUGUCCGGGUCACUGGUCAACUGCAGGCCCACAUGAUACUUAUGGGCCGCCGGUAUAUACGGUUAUUUGGAAUUUGUUGAAUUUUCCCGCGAGCAUUAUUCCAUAUCUGAAGGCUGAUAAGUCUCUGGAUUCGGAGGUAUGCAAUGGUUAUGAUCCAGAUGCAGUAGAUGGGGCACCUACUGCUAUCCAGGUUGUUGGGUGGAGAUUUCAAGAUGAAGAAGUCCUGAUGGCUACUGAAGUCAUUGACAAGGCUCUUCAAUCUGACCUACGGUACCGUCCAAGAUUAUGACCUGACGAAAGCUUCCUGGGCUUGCUAGUUUCAAUUCUGUUCGAGGGACAACAUUCAUCUGAGUUCACGCACUGUGCUCGCUACAAGCAUCUAGUCUGCGUGAUGGAGACAGCCUGUGUACAUAAGUGAGAAAGUUUUGUUCAUGAAGGCUGUAGGCAAGGCCAUCA